AUAGAACCACUCAGGAUGCGAUGAAAGGCCCAUGUGCACGGGACGAGGCGCUAUCAUAGGGCGCGGGCCGUCCUGAUAAGCCCCGCCAGGCUACGGCCUUCUUCCCUAAGCGAGGCGGAGAUCCCCGCCAGGGCCCAGCCUGGACAAGGUAUAGUCCAUCCUUAGUCCAUCCUUUCUGUUACAUCAGAUAGACCUCGACGAAAACUUUCCGCCUGCUGUAUGGAAGGUGGGUUCGUCUGCCGGCAGCGAUGCGACGCUAUGUAUCUCGUGCGAGCCAUGCGGGCUGCUAUUGGAUAGCAUGGCACGUUCUCGAGGAGUCCAUUCCUCUCCAAGGAACCCUGAGCUGCUGCGAAGUAGAUGUCUUGGGAAUGCAAGGGACAAGUUAAGGACAGACGAUACUCCACGUAAUUGCUCUGACUACUUUUGCUCGAUGGGCACUCUGUGACAAUCAACACCUUGCAGUUCCCUAUCAUGGCUGUAUCGACCAAUUGCUCCGCGACCGAACAGGUUGAAAUCACCACGAAGUAUAGCCAUCAGGUAGAAAUAACAAAGCAAGAUGACACCGAAGCUAUCGAAGACGGUGAGUUGGUGGCCUCGUCGGGCGUUUUGAACGUUGUCGUCUCGGGACUGGGGCUGUUCAGUGAUGGCUAUAAUGCUCAGAUCAGUGAGUGCACCUUUGGGCGAAACUUGUUAUUCUCAGCCUGCCUAAGAAGUAUCACUAAUCUCAGUAUCCGUGAUGAAGUUGGCUACAUGGAGCCCCUAUUUUCUGUCUUGUACAAGAAUACCAUGUCCUCAAGCAUCAAAACCAGAUUAUCAAACUCCUUUCUCAUCGGUGAGAUUUUUGGCAUGCUUUUCUUCGGUGCUCUGAUCGAUCGAGUCGGAAGAAGAACAGGAGUGGUGGCUACUACAUCGUUCUUGGUGCUUGGUAUCAUAUUGUCUGCUGCAGCACAUGGCACUUCAGAGUUGGGGAUGUUUUGGAUGAUGAUUGUAGCUCGCGGCAUCGCUGGCUUCGGAGCUGGCGGCGAAUAUCCCGUCUGCGCAACCAGUGCAACUGAAGCGGCUGAUGAAACCGCCAAUCUCCGAAAGAAGAGAGGAUUUCUGGUCGCGUCAACCACGGAUUUUGCGGUGGACAUGGGCUUUGUGGCUGCCGGUAUCGUGGCCCUCAUUGUUCUUGCUUGUUUCCACCAGGACAUCAAGAGUGGUGUUUGGAGAGUUUGCUUUGGACUUGGCUUUGUGAUUCCGGUUUUCAUGUGUUUCUUUCGGAUACGUAUGAUCAACUCGAAGCAAUAUCGUAAGCACGCCAUCAAGUCGCGAUAUCCAUACUGGCUUGUCCUUCGGAGAUAUUGGAAACCGAUCCUGGGAACCUCUCUCGCUUGGUUCUGCUACGACUUUGUCACGUAUCCGUUCGGACUCUUCACUUCGACCAUCAUCGCCCAACUAAGCCCGAACAAUACGACAGUGGAGAAUAUUGGUUACGGUACUGUCAUAAACUGCUUCUAUCUUCCUGGCUGCCUGCUGGGAGGGCUCCUGAUGGAUAAGAUUGGAAGAAAGCAGAACAUGACCCUCGGUUUUGUGCUCUGGGGUGUAUGGGGCUUCAUCCUGGGCGGUGCUCUCCGUCCGAUACAGUCUGUAUUCCCGUUGUUCGUCGUCAUGUACGGCAUUUUCAACGCCCUGGGAGAGAUGGGCCCCGGAGUGUCGACCUUCCUGUGUGCUGCAGAGUCAUUUCCCACCCCUCUUCGUGGCCACUUUCUCGGUCUGGCCGCCGCAGUUGGAAAGGCGGGUGCAUCAAUCGGGACAGAGGUAUUUACGCCCAUCCAGAAUUCGUUCUCGUCUACCGAAAAAGGUCAACAAGCUGUCUUUCUGAUCGGGUCGGCUUUCUGUAUGGUUGGUGCGUUGAUAGCGUGGUUCUUGAUUCCGGAUAUGUCGCGGGAGUUGGAAACAGAGGACGCCAGAUUCAAGGCAUAUUUGGAAGAAAACGGGUACGAUAUCAGUUCAUAUGGGGAAGCACUUUGUGUCGAGCGGAAGGAUAGCUAG